AAACGACGUCGUUUUGCGCCCGUCACUUCUCUCCUUCUUAUCUGAAAACAAGUCAAAACUGGGAAGGAAGAAGUGAAGAACCUCCUUCAUCAUCAUCACAAUCCAAUCAUCAAUUUCGAUUCUGGUAACUGCUGCUGAAUUCUGAUCGAUGAGAAAAUGAGUAGUAUUCCAUAUCCAUGCGACGAUUCUUCUUCUGUGCCAACGAGUUUCGUAGGGCUUCUUCUUCUUCAUUACUCAAGAAGUAGAUGCAACAGCGACAGCCAUGUUCAAAGUUCCUCUGAGCUUCUCAGAGACUUGGCUAACAGGGAGCUCAACGCUUUCCUAUGGCUCUCUCUCGUCGUCGUCACUGGACUCCUUCUCAGGAAGCUCUUCAACCUCUUUAGUCUUUGGCACAGGGCAAGAAACAUUCCUGGACCUCCCUGUCCCUCUUUUUAUGGCCACUCUAAGCUUAUUUCCCGCGGAAAUCUCACCGAUGUCUUGUCAAAAUCCCAUGAGAAGUAUGGACCAAUUGUUAAGUUGUGGUUAGGUCCUACUCAGCUUUUGGUGUCAGUUAAGGAUCCUCUACUGAUUCAAGAGAUGCUUAUAAAAGCUGAGGAUAAGUUGCCUUUUACUGGAAAAGCAUUUCGUCUAGCCUUUGGGCAAUCAUGCCUCUUUGCCCCUUCUUAUGAAAAGCUGGUACCAGGUAUUGUCCCCUAUUUCCCACUGAUUAUGACAUAUUUACAUUCACCAGUAAAGGUGCAAAAGAGAAGAGAAACAUUGGCAACAGAAUUGAAUGAAAGAUUGCUCAAGACUGCUGAUCUGAUUCCAAUGAAUGUUACAGACUUUAUUGUGGAUAAAAUAGAAAACAUCAGUGCCAAAGGAAAUAUUGAUUGUGGGUUGGUUUCUCAGCAUAUAGCUUUCACCCUAAUGGGAGCCACAUUCUUUGGAGAUGGCUUCUUGGCCUGUCCAAAAGCUGCAAUUUAUGAGGAACUCCUUAUGAUGAUUGCUAAAGAUGCUUGCUUUUGGGCUUCCUAUAAUGUUACUCCUUUCUGGAAACAAGGAUUUUGGAGGUAUCAAUGCUUAUGUACUAAGCUGAAAUGCUUAACUAGUGACAUUGUUCAACAUUGCAGAAAAAGCUGCAAGCUAUUUGGCCAAAUUGAUCAAAAUGUUCAUAAUGAAAGUUUUAACAAAGAAAUAAAGUCAGCACAUUGUUCGCAGUGCUGCUCUGAUAAUGAGUUUGGCGAUUAUUAUUUCUUCCGCGACCUCAAUAAUCAUCAAAAUGCUAAAGAAAAAGAAGAGCCUUCUGGGAACAUCAUGCGUGUAAUGUUUCAUGGAUGUCACACAACUGCUGCUUUAAUUUCCAAUAUAUUGACUAGGCUUGUCAUGCAUCCAGAAAUACAGGACAAGGUUUAUUCUGAGAUUAGCAUGGUAGGGAGGAACCCAUCAAAAUAUGAGCAGGAGGAUAUUUACCGGAUGCCUUUGUUAUUGGCUACAAUCUAUGAAUCUGCACGCCUUCUGCCCACUGGUCCCAUGCUACAGCGAUGUUCUCUGGAACAUGACUUAAGCCUUUCAACUGGUGUGACCAUACCUGCUGCAGCAGUGCUGGUUGUGCCUGUUCAAUUGGUACAAAAGGAUGACUCCAGUUGGGGGAGUGAUGCAAGUGACUUUAAUCCAUACCGAUUUCUGUCAAAUCAUGCAAAGGAAUCAGGUUCUGCAGAAGAAGUUACAAAGUCUGGUUUCAAUUUGCUUGAGCUAAAUGAUCCAAAUGAAAACGCAGCAUUUCUGCCUUUCGGAUCUGGUACACGCGCAUGUGUUGGGCAGAAAUUUGUUAUCCAAGUCAUUGCAACAUUGCUGGCAUCAUUACUCAAAAAAUAUGAGAUAAGACCUUACUCCGGAUCAGGUGAUAACUCAGAACCAAGCUUGAAGAAUCGUCUUCAGAGUUAUCCUAACUCACCUAUACUAUUUGUUAGAAGGGACCAGUGAAUGCAAAAAAUGAUGAGCAAGCACACUGUAUAGAUGAAAAAGUAGUAGUAAUUCAAGUAACGGACUCCUCACUUUCAGAGUCGUCUCUUUCUUCUUCCGCGUUUUCCGAGAUGAAUGGGGAAGCUUUCCAUAUUCAUAGCUCAUUGUAGUUUCAGCCAGGAGGAUGCAACCUGAGUUUAAAGUGAACUCAAGUUUUUUAAACCCCUGUUUUUGAACCUAGCCCUAGUGUUCAAGCCAUGGCACACUUCUUUUAUAUCUGUUUUUUAGGCACUUUGGGUCUAUUGGUGCAAUUGAGCCUUAGGUUUUCCUUCCCCCAUCUCUUGGUGUUGGUCACUUCCUCUGGGUAACUAUGUCAACCUUUUUUGUUGGCUACAAUGUAAUAACUUUUUUCUUUUUAACUUCUCAAAUAAGUCUCUGCUUAUUGUAUUUCCUAAUAUAAUGUCACAAUCAGACCUAUAAUUGAAUGUU